GUCAACUUUGUUGUCAGUAACAGUUGUUGUGGAUUCAGUAACGUUCAGGUUCAGCUAUCUUUCAAUGAAUUCGCUCACAUUUGCCGACAAUAGCUUUAGCUGUAACGACUUAGUCCUGAGCGCUAUUCAGGUGAGCAAACGGUUACGAGAUUUACAGUCUCGGCGUUAUUAGACAGCACCCGUAUUGAGCGCUUAUAACACAAGCGGCGCCAAAUUCAAAAUAGCCUCAACCAAAGAUUUCUAGAAAUGUCGCCUAGUAGGCGUGUAAUAACCGCCUGCUGAUGACAGUGUGAUGUUCAGAUAACAUCAAAACAAGCAAUUGUAGCUUUAUCUAGUUAACUAGCUAAUGUGAGCUAACAACCCAGCAACACAAGACGUGGGUAACUAACGCUGACAUUACUUUUCUUUUUUAGUGAAAUGGCGGCCAAGCUACUUAGUUAAACGGAUAGUCUAUCUUUUGGGCUACGAUAAAUAUUCGGGAUAGAUAAAGAAUGUCUAUGUAGCUGUUACUGUUUCCUUAGUAAUGGAUAAUGGCGCGUCUGUAUUGCCUUACAUCAACCUGGAUGAUUCCACAUCGAGCUCUGGUGCGGCAGAUGUUUUAAUUCGCUCGACUAAAGUUGUUCUGGAGAAAAACGGACAGAAAGGUGAGGGGGGAGGAGAGGUGCCAGGUUUAUCCAGCAGCUCCAACGUGAAUCUUUAUAUUCGAAGACUGUCGGGCUCAAGUCAUAGUGAUUGUAUUACCCAAAAGUCUAAUGUUAAGUGUGGUUUGAUGGAGCGAGUGGUUCCACCUGUGCUUCCUGCAAAUAUGCCUUCGUCUUUAAGCACUGGUCCUGAAGAAGAUCAUAUUGCACCAGAUUCAGCUACAAGGAAAAGACAUGUUCCUAGAGCGGGUAAAGUCAUGGUUAAAACAUCAGGGAACCGUGCGAGGGAUGCUGAACAGAAGGACAGAGAUUUAUUAAUAUCAAGAUACUCUGCUGAUGGGCGUGGGGCAGUUGCAGCUGCACUGAAACAGAGAUCCCACAGUGCACCAGUGAGGCGGGAGGUGAAGGUGCAGUUUCUGGAUGCAGGCACACCUCAGACCACUGAAUUUCAAGCUCCUGAGCUGCAGCCUAGCCCUGCUUUUCCGUCAGGGGAUGCGGGGUCUGCAACUGUGGCAGCCAUUACAGCUGCUGCCAUUGCAGCCACAGCUCCACUUAUCAAGGCUCAGAGUGACAUGGAGGCCCGAGUGGCUCAGGUGACCUCUGAACUGCGGAGGCUCCAGGGGAGCGAGGGCAGAAUGGACAGGGCACUAGUGAGCAGGGUAGGCAGUGCCACAGACAGAAUGACCCAGCUGGAGGAGCAGCUGACCGCACUGACCGAGCAGAGGCUUCAGCAUCUGGAGAAGAUCCAAGGCCAGCAGCUUGAGCUCCAGAAUUGUCUUUUGGGCUCUGCACUGGAUGCUGUAACAGCACGUACUAACCCACCCUCACGGUCCGCCCGGCACUUUGAUAUAACUCUUCCAGAGUCACUGCAAAGGCAGUGUUCUAGUGCAUGUCAUACUGUGGACAAAACUGCUGCUGGAGAUGGUCCAACAGUUGUCCAAUAUCAAAGCAGAGAGACUCAAGCAAGAAGGGAGAAAAGUCCUUUUGAGACCCCUGCACCCCGAAAGGUCAUCCCCAGGCCCACCCACUGGCAUUUUGCAGCCCGGAGCAGCCAGACGAGCAGCGGCAAGACACAAAAAGCCAAACAGAAAAACUGUGGAAAUGGCAGGCUGCUGGAACAGAUCCCUAACAACCCGAGAUCUCCCACGAGAUGCCCAGCACAUUCUGUUGGGGUAAGGAGGGUUGCCAUAGAAACAGUCAAUGACAGCCAACCAGAGCAAUCCAGAGAAACCCAACCAGAAGCAUUCAUCUUCUCCACUGGAAGGGGUGUGCCAGGGGAGCAAGUUGAUGCUUUGACCAAGCCCCCUGGCAAGCAGGACAUCCAAGCAGGCCUGAAGGACGUGACCUCUUUGACCCAUGAACCUCUCGAAGGCUCCAGCUCAGCUGUACAGCAGGCUAAUACCAUGCUGCAGGAUCUGAGCAAAAUCAAGGAUGAGAUGAGGAGCUUGCUCCAGACUGCUGAUGCGUUUCCUCUGAAGAGUGCCGAGGCAAGCCAUAGCAGCAGGAGCAGCCGCCCUGCACCCCCCACCUUGCCCUCUCCUCCUCCUCCCAUACCCCCUGUCUCCAUGGGCGAUGCUGUCACUUCUAAGGCUACACCGCCAUCCUGUCCCAGCAUGGUGCAGAAGAGCCAGCCGCCAACCUCCCUGUUUGAAGAUGCGGGGCGAGUCCUGAGGCAAGUCAGACACAGCCGAAAGGUUCUGGAGGAGAACCUGCAGGCCGUUGUGAGGGCCAAGGAUGGAGAGGUGCUUCAUACACAACUAGAGGCACUAUUCAACAACAGGGAUGCCAGCGAGGAGCUGAGAGUAAAGAAGACUGUUGAUGCCUGGAUCAACACACUGAGCAAGGAGAUUCAGGAUGAACUAGUGCACCCAGGCUCCAAUGCAUGGUUAAGAAUCGUGGAAAGAGGCAGCAGGGCAGCAGCGGCCUCAGCGCAGCGAGACCAGGGCAGCAGUAACAUGAGCACAGCUGGGGUUGGAAAGGGGGUCGGAAAGGUGGAAAGAGAGGGGAAAAGAGCAGCUGCAGUAGCAGCAAGAAGAACCCACACUCAGAGAGAGUCUAUUAGAACACAGGCAGCGAGCACACAGCCAUCCAGCCAGCAACUCAACUCCUCUCUCAGAAACAAAGCUGAGCCGCAGCCACAGGCGUCGGUGGUGCUGAGGUCUGAGGGUGAUGAGGAAUAUUUGGCGAAGAUUUAUGGGAAGGCCCUGUACGAGGGACAUAGACGUACACUGAAGAAGGGACCCUACCUCCGCUUUAGUUCUCCCAUUCCAAAAUCCAAAAGCCUGCGUCCUAAAGUGAUCGAAAGCGUUAAAGGCGUGAAGAUGAAGUCCUCUAAGACCCAGACUAGCAUGUCUGGAGCUCAUGAUGUGUCAUCUCUGCUGCAGCCUGGAGUCUCUGAGCCCCAAUACCUGUUCAGUCCCAGUGGCCCUGUCCAACAGCAGCAGCAGCAGCCUGGAUGUCCUCUGCAGGGCUUCCUCAUCCCUAUGGCCAUCCCACUGGGUAAGCCCAGAGUUGAUGGCAAAGCCCCUUUGCCCUCCCGGGUCAUCAUUAGUGACAAACCUGCAACAGUGAUAACCUCGCUCCCUCCCACCACCGCCCCUAAAGUGAAUCCUCCUGUCUGUAAGCCUAACACGGUGCUGCUGGAAGUGCACUCUGAGCCCAGGAGACCUACCCCACAGCUCCAAAUACAGGUUCAGCCCAGUGUGAACAUUGAAGGUAUAACAUCCCCAGGUCCUGAUCUCUCUCCUACUCUUCACCUGCCUCAUCCAUCUAUUCAGGCUGGAGCAGAUGCCCAAGCAUUUGGAGAUGAGGAUGAGGAGGAUGACUGCUUCCCUGGAACAAAUUUCUUGGCAGUCGCUGAGGUCCAGCAGCAGCCUGAAGUGGAAGAAGAAGCUCCAGAACAAGCUCCUAUAGAGCUCAAUGGGUUACCCUCUCCUCCAGCUGCUCUCUAUCAUGGUCCAGCAUUCCCUGUGCAGCCGGCCCAGUCUGAACCUCUCUCAACGCCUGUACUCAGCAUUAUUCAACACAGAGAGACCCUGGAGAACAGGCUUGUGGAAUGGGUAGAGCAGCAGCUCAUGGCAAGGAUGAUCAGUGGGAUGUUCCCUCAGCCGGCACAAACAGACCCAGCCAACCAAUCAGAGCCAGAGGACAGUGUGACUUCAGAUAUAGUGGAGACAGUGGGCGGUGGAGGAUUGCAGCUGUUUGUGGAUGCCGGAGUGCCAGUGGACUCGGAGCUCAUCAGGCAUUGUGUGAAUGAGGUGCUGGCUGAAAUCAUCUCUCUUAUGCUGGGCCAGAGAGAAGGCUCCAGAGAGCCUGCUGUUCCUGCCUCAACACAGGACACACACAUCCAGCAGCAGCAGACUCCAGUACCAACACCAGUGCCCACUCCUGAGCCCGGUGUGAGAGAGAGUCCUCCAGAGGGGCUGUCUCCUGUUAGCACUCCAGAGCUAUCUGAGCAACCUUCUCCUGUUCAGUCACCUGUCCCACCUCAGCCGUCUUUACCAGAACCAGAAAAGGCUCCAGUGGGGACGCCUGCCAGCACGCCACUUCCAUCCCCCUACAGGGUUGCGACACCUUCCCCCCCUCCAGAGCUGGCAGGCCUGCGUAACCACCCGUGGGGAGAUGCAGAGCUUCCUCUAAAGGAGGAGGAGCCACACAGCAAGGAAGAAGAGCAUCCACCACCACCCAGUGUGCUGACAGUAGCCCAUGAAGAAGAGGGAUCUCCUGUUCCCUCCAAACCAGAAAGUCCUCCAGCUCCAGCAGUAGAGGAGCCUGUCCCUGCUCCUCCUGAGUCUCCAUCUGUGGAGGAGAGCAGCUCACACUUCAGCCCCUCCCUCACUGAGACUGAGACUGAGACUGCAGCCAGACACAUCUCAGAGGGAGAGCUGCUGCUCAGCUGCGGCCAGAUGGCUGCAGUCAGAGCUUUGGAGGAAGAGGGCUUCACUCUGCCCAACAUAAUGACCAGCUUCAACAGCUCACUGCAUGGAGUCCAGGAUAUGGACUACGACCCACCCAGUGAGGGUCAGGUGAUUAGAAGACCACGUGUUCCUGCCCACCAUGACCCAAUUCUAUCUUUGCUGGCAAGGAUGGAACAGGGCCCAGCCAGUCAAUCACAGCAACUGGAGAGAUCAUGGGAUGAGGAGAGCAGCGGGGAGGUGAGUGAGGGCCAACGACCAGUUCUGACUGCAGCUCAGGAGAAAGUGGUGACUGGACACUCUCUCAUACGACAUUGGCCCACCCAGUCCAAUACAGACCAGAGUCCACAUGCAACCCUGACCUCACCUGGACAAUUGGUUAUUCAGCACACAGGUGAGAGAGGUGCAGUAGCUGAAGACAGCGGUCUGUCAGUCAACUUCAGACCAUCAGAGGAACAUACAGUGACUCCGCAUGUUCUUCAUUCGUUUGCUGCAUCUUCCCUUCAGCCAGGAGACUCUGCACACCAACAGGCUGCUGAGACUGCUGAGACUCCACAGAUGACUCACCGGCCUGCUCCAAUUCUGGUGAAGCAAUACCAACACAAAGAGGGACCAGAAUCACUCAGCCAGAGAAGAAGCUCGAAUGACAUGGGUUAACGCAGCUCAAAUCUUCCUUUUACUGUUCUCACAGCCCUGAGUGCUGCUAAAAAGGUCCAUCAAACACCACCCACAGAAUAACCUCCAGAAGAACAUUGCCAAACAGCCUCAUACCUCAGUCCCAAACUUCCCCCUCCCCUUCUAGCAACCAGGGAAGAGAGGAAAAAUAAGACAGAGAGUAAGAGUGAGAGUGGGGUUGUACUCAUCUGUCAGCCUGAAAGCUUGGAACAGGGUGGAGAAAGCUCUUAAGUAUUUGCAGGUGUCUUUGGAGAGAAGGCCUUAGAAUGCUUUCCUUUGUGUGUGUGUGUGUGUCUGUCUGUCUGUCUGUCUGUCUGUCUGUCAGUGCCUUUUACACAUACACAUCUUCAACACAGUUGCAGACUUGAGUCAGAUCUUCUUCUCAAACUCUACCACUUUGGAACAUAUCCAGAUGUUGGUGCUAUUUGUCAUCCCUUUGAGUCUGCUUUAUUCUUAGUGUCUGUUAUAUUCCGUUGAAGUGUUUGGUCACUUCUGCACCUGGCCUCUCUCAACAGUUCAUCAAGGUCAUCCUGCAGUUAGCUUCUUUGACCUGGGUUAUCUUUGUCCCAAGCUUAAGAAUUUGAAAGAUGAGGAUAGCCCUAACCACCUGGCCCUCUGUGUGAAAACUAGGGAUUGUCCCCAUUUUUACAUUGUUACCUUGUUUGAAAAUGAAUGCAGAUAUAAUUUUGCUUUCUUUACACUGAGCCCAAAACUGAUAGACUGAGACACUGUGUAAGAUUUUUAUUCUGGGUCAGCUCGAUUUUCGGUGCACUAAAAAUGGUCAUGGUUGCAUGUAACCGUGGGGUCACAAUAAUGGCGGAACAGCUUGUUGUGGCAGUGCACAAAAGCUUAUAUGAUAAACAAACUGCAAAAAAUGCAGAGAUUAAAGAAAAUAUGUAGAGGACUGAAAGACUGUGAAUGACUGAAUACCUUCAUAUGAUAUAGUAACUGGUUAUAGCUGUAGAUCAAGAAGCAAAGAAGCCCUGAACACUGUAUCAGAUUGUUUGACUGAUUGUAUUUUUUUUCAUUCUGCAUGAAUUGUGUGUUUAGUUGUUCCUCCUCUACAGCUGCUGACCGAAAAGCUCACCAAAAGGAAUAGGAAGUUUAUGCGAUCAGAAUUUGAUGUGCUGCCACACACUUCUUAAAAAACUGACCAGAUGGGAUGCAGCUCAAAUAAUAUAUUGUAAAAAGCUCUGAAUUCGGUUAAUAAGAGGUGUUUCAAAAUACUUUUGUCCAUAGGGUGAAUGUUUUAAUGAAUCGGUACCAGUUAUAUUAAGCGUGAUCCAAUUCUGGUCAUCUGUUAAGGCUUUCCCAUCUCAUUAUGCUCCGUUUACAACAUAAACUUCAUCUUCAACUUCUACCAAUGAGACAUGCUUUCAGAAUAUGGCUUGUUUAAAUGGAAAUAAAAAAAAAAGCUGCAAUAGCUACUUGUAAUUUGUGCGGAGCUGACAGCUGUGGUUUA